GGUUGGUUCCGUCUGUAAGUGCCGGGUUGCAGGUCUAAACAGGUGGUUGGGUGUACUUCUCCCCGCACUAGUAGGUAAUUGACCUGGGUUGCACCUUCAGGUGACCGACUGUAGUUGUGGUAACAAACUGAAGAAAAAUUCCCACUUGCUUGUAACAUUUACACAUCGACUUGGAGUUACACGACAGGUGUGAAGAAGACUCAAGACAGGUGCCAGGACAGGUGUAUCGGCGGCCAGGUAACAGAUGCCCGCCUUCUAGACGUUUUGCUGCUAAGGUGACAGACUUAAUAAAGACGUCUCGAGAUGCCGUGGCCGCCGACAGCGAUGGAGUCUCCUCCCAAGUACCACACGAACCGGAAGGAGAGGGUGACGACCCGGAAGGUGUUACACGGCAUCCUCACCAGGACAGGUACCGCCGCGGUGCGCCAGUUCCUCCUGCGGAACCUGCCUCCCGCCCCGUCCGGCUCGCUGGAGCUGUCCGAUGUGCUGAUCAGCAAGAAGCCGCUGCUGUCCCGCCUGCUGCACGGCACGGCCGGACAGCCCAAGGCGCUCAGGCCGUACCAGUACAAGAUGCUGUUUCCUGCCAUGGGCGAGCCUGAUAUAGGAUUGUGGGAUAUCCCCACCAUGUACGCGCUGAUCCGGUACCUCUGUGACGUCAAACCUCCGCACUGGCUCGGCUGGGAGCGCUUUCCGGACAAGCACGACACGCAACCGGUACAUGACGUCAUCCGGAUCCGGUUCCUACACCGCGCCAUGUUCUCAGAGACCCACGGCCGGAUUCCGGAAGAGAAGCUCAACUCCUAUUGGUCGUGUCUGAAGACGGUCCUGGAGAGACUGGCCAACUAUUACGGGAAGAGCUUCUCGGACGAGGUCCUGUUCGGGAUACAGAGCCUGAGUAGACCGACCAGCACCGUGGUGAGCAGUACUCGGUCAUCCGUACCCUUCGCGCCAAGGAGGCUGCAGUCCCGACCACAAUCGGCAGGGGCGACGUCUAGGACGAAAGAUACAGCCAUGACCAGUGUGAUCAGCACGCCCGACCUGCAGACCCCUGGGAGUUUAGACGCACGGGAACACUCGUCGUUCCUGGAUCUCGUCCGUUCGGGAGACACCGACUUCUCCGUCGGGCAGCUGGACGGCGCCGAGGGGCACUUCGCCUCGGCCCUCCGCGUGGUCCACCGCCGGGACGACGCCGUCUCCCUCACCCAGCAGGCCGCCUGCCUCGAGAAGCUGGGCCUGGUUCACCUGCAGCGCGCGAGGGGCACGCGCCACCCCCGAGACUACAAGACCGCCGUGGCCUUAUACAACGCGGCCGUGGCGCGAGGCAAGGAACUACCCGCUCGUGAGCUCAUGAACAAGCUCAUCCAGUGUCUGGACAUGGCCCUGAAGGCUGUAGCGGUAGAGAUGGCCGGAGCCAGGACUCAAGGUGCAAUAGACAAGCUAACGUACUCCGCAGACUUACCUCACAAAAGGACGGUCCAGAGUCUGAGGAACUAUGCCAUGGAGAGAAUGCAGUACCUAGAGAGUAGAUACACCUACACGGUCUCGUCAGACCAGGACCCCUUCAGGUCACUCGCGGAGAAACAGCGAGGUGAGACCGUGCGGAUUUUGUACAGAAAGAUGUCGGACACAAUUAAGAGAGUCGUGAGCACGAUGGUGCAGGAGUGUGUGACGAUACAGGGAAAACCGCCCUGUCCAUUCGCAAUAGUCGCCUUCGGAUCGCUGGCUCGUGAGGAGGCGACCCCGUACACGGACCUAAACCUAGCGGUGCUGCUGCCGGAAAGUUCGGAAGCUGACUCCGACCAUCUUAGCUACUUCGGCAAACUUGUCAUCCUCUUGGACCUUAAGAUGCUGAACUUAGGAGAAACCGUUUUGUCUAGCAUUGGGAUCAAGACCUUGAACGACGCCGGUUCUUCCAACCCUCUAGAUGACUGGUUCUUAGACACUGUGACGAAGCGCGGGUUCUGCCUGGGACGGUGGGAGUUGUCAGGGAGAGAGCCCGUCCCUAUCACCACGCCCACUCGCCUAGCGCAGUUCCAAAUCAAGGAGAGCCGCUGCCAGCCCAGCGAUUGGACGAAAAUUACGCUCAUCGAAGGCGAGCAGGCAUUGGUCGAUGCGUACGAGGGGAGUUUGAACUCUCACCUCAGUCGCUAUAGCAACUUCGGUAACAAGAUCCCCGUGCUGGCCAAUGACAAGGCGUGUGAGGAGAUCCUCGAACUCUCGCGACGUUUCGGCUCGCCCGUGAUCGACACCGACAACGAGACCAUGAUUCACGACGUGGCCAGGGAGCUGCAGUUCCUUCCCAGCCGCAUGGUGUGUGUUCUCGGGCUGUACUACGGCGUGACGUACAAGAACCCGUGGUCUAUCGUGGACGAGCUGGGCAGGCGCGGGGUGCUGAGGCCCAGUGACGUACACCAUCUCAAGGUGGCGGCCAGUAUAGGAGCGGAGGUGCGCCUGCGCACACAGUUCGCCGCGGGGGGUAAGAAUGAUGCGGUGAGGUCCCUGUCCCAGGUGUGCGGGAGAGAACUCAUCUUCAGGUUCUACUUCACCAUAUCUCCGUUACAGGACAUGCUGCAGAAGUUCGCCCAGGACAUGGUGAGCAGACGGAGGAGCGGGCCCCGGCAGCUGAAUCUGUCACGGACCGUGCUGAUCGACGACAGUCUGCGCGUGCGCGGAAACAUUCACCUGAAGCUGCUGGAAUAUGGGGCCGCAGAACAGUCGUUUUCAGACAUGAUCCACGAGAACGUGACAGACGCGGGCGCCAUGGUUGACUACGGCAGGACGCUGCUCGGCGUUGGGAACUACACCAGCGCUAUAUCCUUCUUUGACCGCGCGCUAAGCAUGAUGGAACUGAUGUACGGGGAAGGCCUGGUCACCCCCAUCGCCAUCAGGGCGUUGUAUUACUCCGCGGUGGCUGCCUCGGACCUUGGUGACUAUGCGGUGUGCAUGGCGUACCUGGACAAGGCCCUGAAGAUCGCAGGAACCCUGUACGGUAAGGACGCACCGCACGUCGACGUCGCCGUGAUCCGGCAGCGUCUCGGAGAAGCGCGGGGGAAGACGGGAGACCACUUCGCCGCCAUGUCACAGUUCCAGACCUCCUUAGAGAUACGCAAGUACCUGCACAGGAACGAAGGCAACCACCCGGCUAUCUCCAAACUUAUCAUCGCAUUGGGAGAGGCGUUAACGAACUGUCAGCAACACGAGAAGGCAGCGGCUUGCUACGAGGAAGCUCUGCGUAUGCGGCGAACCUUGCAUGGUGCACCGGAAAGUCAUCCUUCCGUCGCUGGUGCUCUCAACAACCUGGGGGCGUCGCUACAGUCAUCUGGAGAGAGUAUACGGGCGAUAGAAUGUCACGAGGAAUCUCUAAGAAUCUACAGACAGUUGUACGGGGAGAGGUGUGACCAUAGAGCGAUUGCAGACACGCUAACGCACCUAGGAGUCGCGCUGUUCGGGGACCAACAGUCGGUAAAGGCGGCCAGAACGCACGAGGACGCGCUGGAGAUGAAGAGGAGAAUAUUCGGGGAGGAGGCGCAACAGGAGAGCAUCGCGGAAACUCUCGGACAUCUCGCGAGAACUUACAAGGCGAUGGGUGACGAGAGCAAGGCGAGUGAUUACACGGAGCAGGAGUACAGCAUGACCCGGGCCGUGUACGGGAAGGCGCACGGCAGUAACACAUUCAUGACGGACGACAGGAGCAGCACUGUCUCUCCGGACGUAGAAUUUGACCGGUAAGGGGCGCUACAGUGUGGUACAACACUGAGAGGUACAACACUGAGACCUUAUAAAAAUGUUUUCCACUGGACUUGGCGGCGAUUUGUGCCCACUGAAUGCCUGCCGCAGUUUGGCACGUUUUUGUGAGAUACUUGAUCUUAAGAGACGACGAUGAGGAAUCGUCAUCCCUUUUUUAGCCUGUGAAUGAAAGACGAAAACAAAGAUGUGUGCGACAGUUGGCACUUCAGGCAAUCAUAUUGAUGGACAAUCAAGGCUCUUGAAAUAUGUAUGAAGAACAAAUUUGCGUAUAUGUGAUUCCAUCGUUUAUUGUAUUGAACAAAAUAACAGCAUACUCUAACAUUUUAUGUCUUGCAUGCUACAAAAUCAUAAGUGCAUCGUAAUACACGUACAUUCCGCGUGCUGCGAAAAGCUCACAAUUUUACUUUUUUGUCAGACACAUUUAUAUUUUUCUAAACUUCUGGAAUAAAUUUUGACACCCAAUUAGAAGAAAGAUAAUAAUUGUUUGUACGAAUGUCGUCACUGACGAUGAAUGCACUAUUGUCCUGAAUAAUGUGAAUUUACUUCUUCAUGUGCUAUGUAAUACAGAAUUAAUGUAGCGUAGAGACCGAUAAGACUUAGUGCGAACUUUUGGCACAAAGGCGAUUUGACUUUUAAGUGUGUAAUUUGCACUGCUUAUGAAUGCAUUUGCUGCUCAGCGAAUACGAUUAUUGAUAAUCAAACGACAUUGUGUACAGUUUGAAUUUACUAUAAAGAUUUUGACCAAAGCAAAAUCCUUAGUUUGGUCAAAUGGUAUUUCGGUGCAAUGAAUUUGCCAUACAGCAAUUGAAUAUGGUGCCACUCUGAUGCUAAGGCUGAACGAGAAGAAUAUCAACAUUAAAGUAUUUGAGAC